AUGCGAUCCGUAGGGCGUACCGCCCUACAGGGCGAUGCCCUGUCGGACAAGAGGAAGCGCGACCUUUUCGACACUCCGGGCGAGAUGGGUCUCCAGCGGCGCAGAUGGUUCUUCUUAUGCUACCAGUACCAAGGUGAUCCGUACGCCACCUUCGCCAAGGUCUUCGGCUCCAGAAAUGCGCCGUCCGAGACCUCUGCAUCAGGAUCAGGGAGGGGCCUGCUCCCUAAGAAUCCGCCGAUUCGUCCGGGCUGGAAGGCGGGUACCAGGAUCACCUUCCCCGGCGAGGGCGACGAAGUGCCCAACCGGCGGCCCGGCGACGUGAUUUUCCUCCUUAGGGAGAAGCCGCACCCCCUCUUUCGCCGGGAGGGGUGCGACCUGCUCUUCACGGCCAGGAUUUCCCUAAGGCAGGCGCUGAGCGGUGUGGACCUGGAAGUACCGACACUCCAGGACGGACCCCUGCGCUUCAGCACCAAAGGGCAGGUGAUCAGCGGGGAUUCCACUCGCACUUUCCCAGGUAUGGGACUGCCACAUCAAGCGGAUAGCUCGUGCUUCGGCAAACUGGUCGUCGACUUUGACAUAGACUUCCCCGAAACAAUUUCAGCAUUGGAGCCAUUAUGCUGUAGUUUAUGUCGCAAUUAA